AUGGCAAUGACAGGAGGUAUCCUGGCCGAGGACGAAUUGCAGCGACUAAAACACAGUCGAAUAUCAGCGCAGUUUGUUACUGAGCCGGCAUUUCUCGACUGGGCUUUGUUCAUGACCCGAUACUCAGCGCCUACGGCAUUAGCUUUUGCUAGAGCUACAGAGCGCUGGGGUGAUACGAAAGAAAAGAAUGAAACAGCGUACAAUAUUGCAUUUGACACCCCAAUGCCAUUUUUUAACCAUGUCUCUCAGUCAGAGGAAAUGACACAGCUUUUUGCUGGAUACAUGCGAGCGCAAGGUCGAAGUUCGGGGUUAGUGGUGGAGCACUUGAUUUCUGGUUACGAUUGGGCUCGUUUGGGGCCGGCACAUGUUGUGGAUGUUGGAGGCUCAACAGGUCAAAUUGACCUCAUGCUGGCCAGCAAAUUUCACGAUCUGAGCUUCACCGUCGAAGACCUCCCUAAUACAAUUGAGGAGGCCAAGGUUCAGUUAAAAGACAUAGACCCGUUAAUUGCUUCUCGUAUCAGUCUCAAAGCACACGACUUCAUGCAGCCCCAACCGCCCGAAAUCUCUCGUAUUGCAGAUGUCUAUCUUCUUCGCAAGAUAUUGCACGACUGGCCAACAGCCACUGCACAAAAGAUACUACAGAGCCUGGUCUCAUCGAUGAAGCCUGGAGCACGCAUUGUGAUUAUGGAUACUAUACUUCCUUUGCCUGGGACUGUUCCGGCGCCACAAGAAGCUGCUUUACGUGUGCGCGAUUUAACCAUGGCGCAGAGUUUCAAUAGCAAUGAGCGCGAGCGGAAUGACUGGAUUGAGCUCUUCGCCAGCACAACUCCACCACUACGGAUUAAAAAUGAAUGGCAGUCGAUGGAAAGUGUGAUGGCUGUAAUGGAGCUCAUCUUACAAGAGUAG